GCCUCGGGGACUCCUGGCAGCCUACAAGAGGCCGUGCGCUGAACCCCGGCACCCACUCGCAUCCCUGGGCGUAUCCAGCUGUCCGUGUUGAGCUGUCUGCCCGCUGUGCCCGCUGUGCCUGCCCUGCCCGUGCUGUCGGCGCCGCUACCGCUGCUCGACGCGGGAGACGCCAGCGAGCUGGUAAUUGGAGCCCUGAGGAAGUUCGAGUGCCCAGCUCUGCCCCAGGAGCCCAGGCUUCCCUGUUAGUGCCAUAGUUGCCACAGGAGUGGAGCCAUGAGCUGUGUCCUAGGCCGUGUUGUCCCCUUGGGGCUGCUGUUCCUGGUCUGCGGAUCCCAAGGCUACCUCUUGCCCAACGUCACUCUCUUAGAGGAGCUGCUUAGCAGAUACCAGCACAACGAGUCUCACUCGCGGAUCCGCAGGGCCAUCCCCAGGGAGGACAAGGAGGAGAUCCUCAUGCUUCACAACAAGCUUCGGGGCCAGGUGCAGCCUCCAGCCUCCAACAUGGAGUACAUGACCUGGGAUGAUGAGCUGGAGAAGUCAGCAGCAGCGUGGGCCAGCCAGUGCAUCUGGGAGCACGGGCCCACAAGUCUCCUGGUGUCCAUCGGGCAGAACCUGGCCGCCCACUGGGGCAGGUAUCGCUCUCCCGGGUUCCACGUGCAGUCCUGGUAUGACGAGGUGAAGGACUACACCUACCCCUACCCGAGCGAGUGCAAUCCCUGGUGUCCAGAGAGGUGCUCGGGACCCAUGUGCACGCACUACACACAGAUUGUUUGGGCCACCACCAACAAGAUUGGCUGUGCUGUGAACACCUGCCGGAGGAUGACCGUCUGGGGAGAGGUUUGGGAGAAUGCGGUCUACCUCGUCUGCAAUUAUGCUCCCAAGGGGAACUGGAUUGGAGAAGCCCCCUAUAAGAAUGGCCGGCCCUGCUCUGAGUGCCCGCCCAGCUACGGAGGCGGCUGCAAGAACAACUUGUGUUACCGAGAAGAGACCCACACCCCAAAACCUGAAACAGACGAGAUGAACGAGGUGGAAACAGCUCCCAUUCCUGAAGAAAACCAUGUUUGGCUCCAGCCGAGGGUGAACAGACCCACCAAGCCCAAGAAAGCCUCCGUGGUCACCUACAUGACGCAAGUCGUCAGAUGUGACACCAAGAUGAAGGACAGGUGCAAAGGGUCCACGUGUAACAGGUACCAGUGCCCGGCAGGCUGCCUGAACCACAAGGCCAAGAUCUUUGGAACUCUGUUCUAUGAGAGCUCGUCCAGCAUAUGCCGCGCCGCCAUCCACUACGGAGUCUUGGACAACAAGGGAGGCCUAGUGGACAUCACCAGGAACGGGAAGGUCCCCUUUUUCGUGAAGUCUGAGAGAAACGGUGUGCAUUCCCUCAGCAAAUACAAAUCUUCUGGCUCAUUCAUGGUGUCAAAAGUUAAAGUGCAGGAUUUGGAUUGCUUCACCACUGUCGCUCAGCUGUGCCCGUUUGAAAAGCCAGCGACCCACUGCCCAAGAGUCCAUUGUCCGGCGCACUGCAGAGACCAACCGUCCCACUGGGCUCCGGUGUUUGGAACCAACAUCUAUGCAGAUACUUCCAGCAUCUGUAAGACGGCCGUGCACGCAGGAGUCAUCAGUGACGAGAGCGGGGGCUACGUGGACGUGAUGCCCGUGGAUAAAAAGAAGACCUACGUGGGCUCGCUCAGGAACGGAGUUCAGUCCGACAGCCUGAAGACCCCUCGAAAUGAAAAAGCCUUCCGGAUCUUUGCUGUGAGGCAGUGAAUUUCCAGCACAGGAGAAGCGGCAUCUUCAAGAGGGCUUUGGGGUUUCGCUUUUACUUUUAUUUUGUCAUUGCGGGGAGGGUUAUAUGGAGAGUCAGGAAACUCCCUUUGACCGGUGUUCAGUGUCCAUCCGUGGCCUUUUGGUGAGGUGACAUCUCAUCCCCCCACUAAAGCAGCAGCAUCCCGGGGUGCUCAGCUGGACCCCUGGUGCCCAAUCCUGCUGUGGCCCAGGGGUCUCCGUCUGGGUGCCCUCUCUCCUUUAGACACCUGACCUGUCGUUUAAAGGGGACAGUUGCCAAAAUAUGACUUGCUAUGUGUUCUUCCGUUGGUGGGGAAAGUUGAUUUUAACCCCCCCAUCCCCUGCAAAGAGACCAAACCUUCUGGAGCUCACCAUUGUGAAGCAUUCACAGUGUCAAAAGAGGCCUUUCAAGGAACUUCCAUUGAGUUUCAGGAAUGAAGUAGAAGGUAGUUAUUUAAAAAUAAAAAACACAGUCCGUCCCUACCAACAGAGGAAAAUGAUUUUAAUGUUUGCUGGUCAGACAGACAAAUGGGCUGGAACAACAGGGCUGGGAGUGUGAGAGAUCCCAGCUCCGCCCUGGCACAUGUCCUUGCUGGUGACCUGCCACGGGUGCCAUUCAGUGGCCGUAUGCAGGCCGGCUUUAUACACAGCAGUGCUGGUUUCUGUAGAGUUCAGCAGUAACUUCAAGCGAAGUAUCUUGUCUUUGUCAGGCCCCUUGUCUUUGUGCCCCCCCCCCGUUUCUGCCAUGACCUUUGGUCCCAUUGAGGACUAAAAAUUAGGAAAUUAGGACCCUUUCUUUCUUUUUUUUCCUAGGCCUAGUCGUGCUCUUAUUGCCCAGGCUGCAGUGCAAUGGCACUGUCUUGGCUCACGGCAACCUCCGCCUCCCUGUUCAAGUGAUUCUCCUGCCUCAGCCUCCUGAGUAGCUGAGAUUACAGGCAUGCACCACCAUGCCUGGCUAAUUUUUUGUGUUUUUAGUAGAGACGGGGUUUCUCCUUGUUGGUCAGGCUGGUCUUGAACACCCGACCUCAGGUGAUCUGCCCAGCUCAGCCUCCCAAAGUGUUGGGAUUACAGGCGUGAGCUACUGCGCCCGGCCAGGCCCCUUUCUUUACCCCCUACCCAUUGUGGCUCCUGCCCUGCCUCAGACUGGCUUACAUGUCCUGGUUCGCGCCCAGGACUUAGCUUUACAGGCCAUCCUGUUUGAAGCCCACUUCUUAACUCCAGGUCUCAUCAGGCUCCACUGAGAUAUCUGAGGAUAACCAAAGAAGGGCUGCUCUUCGCUGCUUUUUAAAAAUGACAACUAAGUGUGCAGAUUCCCUGCACACCCAGUGACCUGCUUUUUCAGUCAUGGGAGGAAUGGAGUCGUUGGUACAUUCCUCACCAAAGUUAGCAGCUCAGUUUGUGGUUAAGAAACCGUCCUGCGGCCUCAUGACAGCGAGAGAUGGGGGUACACUAGAAGGCUCUCUCUUCCUGUUUUUGUGAACGGACUCCUGCCAAAUGCUCCCGAGGGCUUCUGUAGUAGCCCUGGCUCCCUCACUCUAUAAAACCGAACCCAGACCAAAAGCCCGCAGUGAAAAAUAUCCUUUUGUAAAUAGCAUUUCUUUGCAGAAGGUGAAAAUUCUACUCUCUACCGCCAGGCCAGCCAAUAGAUCACUUGGCGAAUGCUAGUUUCAAACUUGAUUCAAAAUAUUUCUUAGACAAAAGAACUAGCAGAAAACAAAAGACUAAGAUACCGUAGGCUGAACAGGAAGCUCUACCUGGGACUCAGGGGACGCCUUCUUUCUUUGAAUGCCUUCCUAACAAAUGCAGAAUCUGAAGGUAAAUAGCUUUAAAAAAAGAAACAAAAAACAAACAAAGAAAAACACCUCUUCAGGAGUUUGGUGAAAAGCAGCUCAGCUCUUAGCCUGACCAAGCUAAACUUCGCAGGAUGGUGUCUGUGCUUGUGCGUCGUAGGGUGGUCGUAAUUCAUAGGUACUGACUCUUCAGCCCCACAUGUCAGAGAGGAAUUCGGUCAGCCUGUCAGGUCGUGUGUCCAGUUACCGGCAAACAUCUGGGAACCUUCUGGGUGCUGCCAGACUUCAGUGGCUGUGGCCGUGUUUUCAAGGUAAAUCAGAUUGCCCUGUGGGGUUUGCAGAAUCAGUGAAGAGACCAGGACAACCCCAGUGGGCUCACUUCUGAAGCAUCUCACCCCAGGGAGAGUCGGAAUUUCCAGUGUGAGUUGGUUCCAUCAUUUAAAAGUAAAGGCCCCAGGUUCUGUAAUGCCUCCUUCACUGCCAGGAGGCUGGCAGGAUAGGAGGUCCUUGCCCAGAGCGGGACCUGGCUGUCUUUUUUUUUUUUUUUUUUUGAAACCAAGUCUCAUUCCGUUGCCCAGGCUGGAGUGCAGUGGUGUGAUCUCAGCUCACCACAACCUCUGCCUCCCGGGUGCAAGCCAUUCUCCCGCCUCAGCCUCCCACGUAACUGGGACUACAGGUGUAAGCCACCAUGCCCAGCUGAUUUUUCUAUUUUUAGUAGAGAUGGGGUUUUGCCAUGUUGGCCAGGCUGGUCUCCAACUCCUGACCUCAGCUGACCCACCUGCCUCAGCCUCCCAACGUGCUGGGAUUACAGGCAUGAGCCACCGUGCCCUGCCAUGGACCUGGCUGUCUUUAUCAUCCUCACAAACAUUUUGAAACUGGAACAUUUGUCUUCAGAAAAGGGAAGCGGGACUACAAAUUAUAAGCCGUGUCCGCAGCACCACGUCUCCUGUGUGAAGCAGAGCCCCUCAUGCCAUAUCGCACCUACCCCAUGUUUAAAAAGGUCUCGCAGCAUGCCAGCGGCGUUCCUGGCUCUCCUGCCCCAGAAGGGACAUUUCAGCUUCUGUCGGAGUUUCGCGCAGCCUUGUUACAGAGCGUGUGCUGGCGUCUCACUUUGUCUGUAGGCUUACUCAGCCCGCAGUUUGUGUGUGCGCUUUUUUCUAUGAAAAAUGAUGUAUUUUGCUACUUCCUGUGUACAAAGUUUCGUUGUAAAUGUGUUUUGUGCUUUGCGUGAACAGGGGCCGUGUUGCAGAUAUUUCAGUAGAGCUGCUUUGGUUUCUAACACGUCUCUAACAUGUCUUUUAUGAACAAAUCUGAACAAUUUGUGAAAUAAAACAUUUAAAACCUUC